GUUUUACAAAGGAUAUCAUAAUUGCCGCGUUUAGUGAAAUCCCACUCUUACCAAUUGUCGGACAAACACAGUCGUUCAAUGUCGGUAAACCUCAGUCGGUACAACGAACUAGCGAAUUAAUUGUACAUUCAGCAAAAGGGAGGACAGCAAAAGUGCACAGCAGACUGCCUUCCUGGUACACGGCGUGUAUUCAAACCAGACAAGCCUGAAAUAAAAUAAGAAGAGAGAAAAAAAAUAACAACAACAAAAAUGCUCAUCACAUCAUCCCAGGCCUCAGUAGCACUGACGGCAAUUAUAGUUGUCGCCUGCACUCUCGCCCUCUUCCUAUCCGGCUAUGCGAUCCAGCAACGGACGCUCCGCGACCUCCGCGCCGCCAUCAAGCCGCCGCCCCGCCCGUCGCCGCAGGUCUACAUCCAAGAGAGUGCCGGGUGGCAGGCCGCCGCCGCCAAGGGAGAGUACGACAAUGACGACUUUGAGAGUGGCGGCGAUGGUGACAGCAGCAGUGCCGUGGGCAACGAUGACGAUCCCUUCAUCGAGGUCGAGGUCAAGGACAGCAGAGGCUCCAUGCUUUCCAUGUUUGGUGGUGGUGGCAAAGGCCACAAGCUGGCGGCGGCGGAUGCGGCCCAGAAGCCGAUGAGCAGGGUCGAGAGGAGGAGGAAGAUCAAGGAGGACAUACAGAAGCUGUCGCAGGGCGAGUCGCCCGUGUACUACCAACGGCGGCUGUGGUGAAUAGGAUUUCCCUUUUUGGGUAGUUUUGGAAAUGGUGACGGUACGGACCAAGUUGUACGGAUGAACAUUGAUCUAUACGGGACCUCGCAGGCCUUUCUGUGCCGAGGGUUUCUCUGGACCGGUUCCAGAACGGGCGUAGAAUGGCGUUAUUUUGGGAAUUUUGAAAGCCAUGUUUUUGGGCUGAUUUGGUAUACGAUACGCAAUGUAUAUAGUUUUGAUACGACACAGGAGCAUCAUGGCUUCACAGAGUAAAAUGAAUUGGAUGACAUGCAUCAAAGUGGA